AUGUCAGAUAAUGAUACUGAUACCAUCAAGCAUAAUAUUGGUGGAUGCACCUUUGACAUUCCUAGCCGAUAUUCCAAUAUCAAACUGAAGGGAUUUGGAGCUUAUGGAGUUGUGUGUUCGCUGAAGGACAACCUGACAUCUGAGAUCGUUGCGAUAAAGAAGAUCCCGGGGCCAUUUCGCACCGAGGAAGCAGCCAAGAGGACUUUCCGAGAGGUCAAAUUACUCAACCAUCUUCGACAUGACAAUGUGAUUACCUUGCGAGAUAUAUUCGUCUCCUCUCGUGAUGAGAUAUAUCUAGUCACAGACCUCAUGAGUACAGAUCUCGCACACAUCAUUGGCGCGAAACCUAUCGAAGAUGAGUUCAUCAAAUAUAUAUUCUACCAAAUUAUGCGUGGCUUGAAAUACAUUCAUUCGGCAGGGGUUGUGCACCGGGACCUCAAGCCAAGCAAUGUGCUGGUAGACGAGAAUUGCGACGUCAAGCUAUGCGAUUUCGGGCUGGCCAGGACAGUCGAUGUCACUAUGACCGGCUAUGUCAGCAUGCGACAUUAUCGAGCCCCUGAAACUAUGUUAACGUGGCAAAAGUACACCGUCCAAGUUGAUAUAUGGAGCGCGGGUUGCAUCCUUGCUGAGAUGAUUGCAGGGAAACCUCUUUUCCCAGGACAAAGUCAUGCUGAUCAGUUCUCCGUCAUUGCCGACCUCCUCGGGUCCGUUCCUCGGAAAGUGUUGGAAACUAUUUCUUCUCAGACAACAUCAAAAUACAUUGAAGGUUUACCAGCUCGAACUAAGCAACCGAUGGCCAGCAGAAUCAAGAAUGCAUCACCUUACGCCAUCGAUCUACUGGAAAAGCUGCUCGUUUGGGAUCCCGAGGAACGCUUAAGUGCCGGCGCCGCCCUAGCUCACCCGUAUCUGGAGCUCUAUCAUGACUCCACUGACGAACCCGUGGCUGAGGAAAAGUUUGAUUGGUCUUCUGUCGCUGUAGAUCACACAGUGGAUACUUGGAAAAUGUUAACGUUUGUGGUGUCUUAA